AUGAGACAACCAGAAGUGGAGAGGAGCCCAGGACCCGACAGCCCCGAGCUCGCCAGUGCCGACCCCGCAGAGCGGUACAAGUCCUUCUGCGCCGUCGUGAUCGACAUGGGCACCGGCCACACCAGGAGCGGGCUGGCCGGGGACAAGAAGCCGCGGUCGGUGUUGCCCAGCCGGGUGGGCUUGCCCAGGCGGCAGGAUGAGCCCGGCCACGGCGACGGCGGCUCCAUCCUCACCCACGGCGUGGUCACCGACUGGGACGGCCUGGAGACGCUGUGGCACCGCAUCUUCUACUCCGAGCUGGCUGUGCGCCCCGAGGAGCUGGCCGUGCUGGUGACGGACGCCCCGCUGUCCCCCGCCGCCAACCGGGAGAAGGUGGCCGAGCUGCUCUUCGAGAGCUUCGGGGUGCCGGCCAUGCUGGUGCUGCCCCGGUCGCUGCUGGCGGCCUACUCCUACGGCCGCACCAGCGGGCUGGUGGUGGGCUCAGGCGCCGGCACCUCCUACGCGGCGCCCGUCGUGGACGGCUACGCCCUGCCCCACGCCACCUUCCGGCUCGACGUGGCCGGGGACGCCCUCACGGCCUACCUGGGGGCACUGCGCGGCCCCCGCCAGCCCCCGCUGGGGCCCGACCUGCUGCGCCUCCUCAAGGAGCGCUGCUGCUGCUGCCGCCCGCCCGGGGCCCCGCCGGCGGCCGUCCCCGCGGCGGCCGUCGCCCUGCCGGACGAGCGGGUGGUGUGGGUGGGCGAGGAGCGCUUCCGCUGCCCCGAGGCCCUCUUCGCCCCCGCCGCCCUGGGGCUGCCGGCGGAGCCCGGCCUGGGCGCGCAGGCCGCCCGCAGCCUGCGCCGCUGCGGGGCCCGCCGGGCCGCCCGCCUCCUGCCCAACGUGCUGCUGGCCGGCGGCACCACGCUGCUGCGCGGCUUCGCCCGGCGCCUGGGCGCCGAGCUGAGGGGGGCGGCGGGCCCGGCGGCCGGCCCCCGGCGCCGCUUCGCCGCCUGGCUCGGUGGCUCCGUCGCCGCCUCCCUCGACGCCUUCCAGAGCGCCUGGGUCGCCCGGCGGGCCUACGGCGAGAGCGGCCCCGCCGCCCUGCACCGGCGCUGCUGCUGA